GAGAGCAUGCGCUCUUCGAAUCAGCACAUCACAAGAGAUGGCAGCAAUUACACGCUGCUUGGUCCAGAAAGUGCACCCAGAGAUGAGAACGGCACAAGGAUCCAGACAUCCAGCGCCAGCUGGCAGAGCGCCCAACAACCCAAUUGUGGCCUCGGAUAAUAUUUGGUGUGUUAGUGGUGCCUCUACAGGAAUGAAUCAAGGCCAGGGUCCUGGACAACACAGCAGCCUGCACGUUGAGUUGCCUUAUUGGUGCCCAACGAGUGAUAUCAGAAGCAGCCUUGUGAUUGGCUAACAUUCAAUCUGAGGCGACAGAAACCAACGCUCAUAUACGACAAAUACUAUUUCACGCAUGUUUGCCCGCUAAUUGCGAGAAUGUCCCUAGAGCCUCUUUGCUCUUGACCUCGCUGCAGUGACCACAAUGGCGACGGCCGCAAGCGAUGGUCUUUCAGCUGCACUUGAAGCGAUAGAAUCAGAAGCCUCCCCUCCACUAUUCCCCUUAGCAGAUAUCCAACACAAUCCGAUCGAUAUCUACAUUACUCGUCUGGCCGAGACCCUGGUUGGUAUCACUGGCUGCGAUGCUCAAGUCGCCCUCGAUUCCAUUCAAUGGCCAGUCGAGGAUUGGGACCUUGUGGUCGUUCUCCCUCGUCUUCGACUGGAAGAUAUUGACAGUCAAAACCCUGCCGCAGACCUCAAACAAAGAUUUCCACCAUUGUCUCUAUUUGCAAACCCUAUCCCAGAUGGAAUCCAGCUACGCUUUCUUUUUGCGCCAAUCACGUUAGCACGGAUCCUCAUCUCCUACAUUCUUGACCGGGGAAAUUUGUAUGGGAGGGUUCCUAUUGACGAGAAUGCCGAUGUCGAGUCGCCCAGCGAUUCAGUGAAGAAGCUCGUUGUAGACUUCUCCUCUCCAAACCUUGGUAAGGAGUUUGAUGGCAAUUACUUGAGAAGUACCAUUAUCGGGACUUACAUCUCGUCAUUGUACCAAUCACUUGGCUGGGACGUACAUAAGAUGAAUUUUCUGGGUGACUGGGGCCGAAACAUCGGUCUGCUGGCCGCUGGCUGGGAGAGAUUUGGGUCGGAGGAGCUUUUCGAGGCAGAUCCACUGAAACAUCUUGUGGAUGUCUUCUCACAGAUUGAUACGCUUGUCCGGACUGCGGAGGAUGACGAAAAAGGCGCGAUCGCGGCGGAAAAGGAAGCUUUCUUCAGACGAAUGGAGGACGGGGACCAAGAUGCUGUUCAGCUGUGUCGCAGAUUCCGCGAUGCCUGCGUACAACAAUACGCAGAGCAGUAUGCCAGACUGAACAUCACAUUCGACGAAUACUCGGGAGAAUCCAUGGUUCGACAUGAAACCAUCGCUGAAGUUGAAAGCGCCCUUCGAGACCAUAACGCAUACCGUGAAAGCGAAGGAGCAUGGAUCAUUGAUUUCGAAAGCUUUGGUCUUAGAGGCCUAAAGACUUCAAUUGGACGAUAUAGCGACGGCACGACCUCAUAUCUCUUGAGAGAUAUCGCUGCGGCGGUGGAGCGAUUCAACCUGCUUUCCUUCGGCAAGAUGAUCUACGUGGUGACAUUGAAACAAGACUCACACUUUCGCGAGGUCAUUGCCGCUCUCGAGAUUAUGGGUUAUACUGAUCUGGCGUCAAAACUACUGCAUGUCAACUAUGGGAAAUUCCACGGCAUUUCGAGACAUGAAGACAGCAAAGGGUUGCAAUUGAAAGACAUUAUCGACCAAUGUCAAAGUACAGUGGACGACUUUUUGGCAGCAAACCCUGAAGACUUCGGCGAACUCCGCAAUGAUACCGAUGCCAGCAUCUCUGGCCAUCUUACUGCGAUAGGUUUGAUGGCACAAGAACUAUCCAUCCGCCGCGGCGCCACGUUCAACUACGAUCCUCACAAAAUGGGAGACCUAGACAGUCAUUCUGGCUUGAGUCUUCACUAUUGGUUCACACAAAUUGACCGCCGACUUCAAGGCGUGACUAUCGAUCGUGCAGAACUCGAAAGUGCAGACUACACAAUGUUCGAAGACGAAGAGUACUUUGAUGUCUUGCGAGUACUCAUCCAUUUCCCAGGCAUGGUCAAGACGUCGAUCAAGAAUCUAGAAUCCUCUGCCAUUCUAAAUUAUCUGUACCGAUUGACUGACGUUAUCUCCACCAUCUUUAACAAGAAGAAGGACAAAGCCGGCGAGAGUUCAACCCAAAACAUGGCCAAACUUGCAUUCUUCGAAUGUAUCCGUCAGACGUUGAGUAACGGAAUGGCAAUGCUUGGAAUGGUGCCACUGCGAAUUGGACAAGCAGGAAUUAUUCAGCCGAUCGGACAUGGCGAAUCCAAUGAGCAGGACAGUUUCGUCCCAGAGUACGACGUUACCAACAUUCAUGACGAGCCAGCACAAUCUCUCAACGAUGGUGUAGUGAGUAAUCAGCCAGAGCAAGGCCAGGUGGGCAGUGCUGUUGAGUCAGCAGAAGCCCCGGUUACUGAGCCGACUGAAGAUUCGGAUCACGUCGAUCAAGAGGAGCAGAGCGAAGAAGCGAAAGCAAGUGAGCCAAUCAGGCAGACUGAGCAGAUUGAGCCAACUGAGCAGAUUGAGCCAACAGAGCAGACUGGACAAAUUGAAAACGCCGAGGAGACUGAUCGAUCAGAUCAGGUCAUUCACAUCGAACAGACGGAGCAAAUUGAAGAAGCUCAAAAGGAUCAAACUGUGGAGGCUGAUCAUGAUGAGAAUCAUGCCCAAGUUGAGCCGAACAUUGAUGAUUAGAUUGCCAGAAGCGUUGUUUCCCGCUGGAAUGUUUUGUUUCAAGAGGAGAGUUUGGUUCUGGGCUUUGCAAUGAUCCAGGUUCAUGAUGUACCAUCAGCAUGUCGUGAUUUGUUUCUGAAU